GAUUAGCAUGAAAUCAUGGGCAAUUUGAUAUCUUUUAAUUCCUUUCAGGGCAUAUUUAUGUAUGUGAGUAACCUGGAGGACUACGGCCAUCUGGUAGAGCCGAAUUACUUCCCGACCAAAUACCUUCACAACGACAUGUGGCAGAUGAAAGCCAACAAGGAAGACUGGGAGAGGCGCUAUAUUUCGCCUUUAUAUUGGAAGGCGCUCGACCUGACUUCCCUCAAUGAAAUGCCAUGCCCAGAUGUGUACUGGUUCCCAAUCUUCACUGCCAGAUUUUGCAAAGAGCUGGUCGAGCUGGCCAACGACAACGGCGGCUGGUCGGACGGGUCCAACAAUGACCCACGACUGGCAGGUGGCUAUGAGAAUGUACCCACUGUGGAUAUCCACAUGAACCAGAUGGAGUACGAGCAGGAAUGGCUUUGGAUUCUGCGUCACUAUGUGAAACCCCUUGCGGAGAAGGUGUACUUGGGAUAUGACAGUGGAGCCCGGUCUAUCAUGAACUUCAUAGUGCGGUACAGGCCAGAAGAGCAAUCUCUUUUGAGGCCGCACCACGAUUCAUCAACUUAUACUUUAAAUGUUGGUCUGAACCGGCCACAUAUUGACUAUGAGGGUGGUGGAGCACACUUCAUAAGAUAUAACUGCUCUGUGGUCAACACCCGUGUGGGAUGGGGCCUGAUGCACCCGGGGCGUCUCACACACUACCAUGAAGGCCUUCGCACUACUAGAGGAACACGUUAUAUCAUGGUCUCAUUCAUAGAUCCUUGAUUGUCUACUUCCAGGUUUAUUGUUGAAAACUGCAGCUUUUCAACUUCCUUUCUUUAACUUGAGAGCUGUUGAUGAGUUAGAGUUGUUUGUGUACAUUGGCAACAUUUUUAUAUAUUCGUAUAUAAUGAUAUUACUUAAAGUGAGUGCUAGAGAAGAAUGCUCUGAUUUUGUGCAUGAUCAUUGUGGAUACUACAUUUUGACUACUGUAGUGACUCAACAUGUUGAAAGACUUGCAAGAUUAUAUGAUUGCUGUCAUUAUUUUCACAAUGUCAUUACUUCCAAAAUAUUGUAUUGUUGGCCACAUUUUCUUUGAAUAUCACUGAACACUACUGGCAAUAUCCAUUGAGUUUUUAUUAUUUUUUAAUGAUUUUGUUAGAUAACAUUAAAUUUCAGAUGAAAAAAUAUUCCUUUGUUAAAGAAAUCAUUUUACUUUUGUCAUGUAUUUUAUACCUUCAUAUGAUGAUUUACAUAUAAAUCUUGUUUUACAUAUAAAAGUUGUUUAUAACAGAAUAACAAUGGUAUACCCAGGAUAUUAAGAUAGCAGGGGUGGGGGCACCUGUGGUGAAAACUGGGUUAGGCUUCCACAGGUUUUACAGAGAGGGUUUGUGAUGGUCCUUUUUGUGCCUUGCAUGACUAGUUUGUUGACCUUUAUGUUUUAUUAAAUGGUGAAUUUCUCACCAUAGACUGUCAGUUUAACAAUUCACAAAUCUUAAGGAAAGAAAAUGCCCUCUUUCCCCCAGGCUAUGCAACUGAAGGAUAACCAUAAAAAAGUAGUGCUGAUUUUAUUGAGUUCACUUCCAUUUGAUAUUCUAAGCUGAAGAUAUAAAUAUUUUACUUUUUACUAUAAAGAAAUUAAAAUGAGGGAGGUAAAAUGAGUUGAAGUUGUCUUGUUGCAUUAAAACAAUUUGAAAAUUCUUUGCCCUUGAAUGAAUUAUUUGUCUUGUAAUCUAUUUUUUUUUUUUAGAUGUUCUUAUAUUUAUUUUCAUUGAUAAAGAUAUGUAUUGAGUUUAAGAACUAUUUUCACAACACAAUAUUAGUGCCAUAUGUACCUUUAAGAAGUAUAUUUUUGUUUUUAAGAGAUUUUUUUAUCUUGGUAAUAUUUUUGUUUUUAAGAGAUUUUUUUAUCUUGGUAAUAUUUUUGUUUUUAAGAGAUUUUUUUAUCUUGGUAAUUUAAUACUUUUUAGUCUUUAUCAAUAAAUUAUUGGUAAUGGAAUCUCAUUUUCCUAAGACUGCCUUAGCUUUUGGAAAUUUGGGGAGUGCAGGAUAUUGGUAAUAUGCACAGAAAAGUCUUCUAGGUGGUGUAGGAUGCCUGGCUUCAUAAAUUCUGCACUUAUGUGGUUUUUAACAUGUAAGAAAAAAUAUGGAAUGGUGGCUCAUGUAUCUUGCAAUGUUUACAAGGAUACAAGGAUGGGUAUUUUGAAUGUGAUAUACAUAUCCAAGGUAUAUAGCCAGGCAAAGAACUGUAUCUGUGUCACCUUAUUGAUUAUUGACUUUCAAUUUCACUUUACAACUUGGAUAUACAUAAGAUCUCCAACAUGAGGAAACAUGUCUUAGAUAUGUAAUGGUUUUUACAAUGUCAGCCAUUUUUAUCCAGUAUAGUAUUUAUUUGGAUUCAUUAAUGUAAAAGUGCAUAAGCAUGAGCAUAUAUAUGCAUUUCAUCAUUGGACAGUGGUUAGCAUGUUUUAGCCCAUACAUUAGUCAAUAAGAUUGUAUGAUAUUCAUACAUGAAUUCAACUAGGAACUGUCAGUAAUUAAGUAUAAUCAAGUAUAAAUGUUUUAUCUUGUAAAAGUAAUAUCAUGGGAUUGAUCACUUAGUCUCAACUGAUUGAAGUAGCAACUUUUAGUAUUUUUAUGUAACUUAUUUUCUGCAAGUAGUAUUAAGAUAAAUGCCCAGUUAGGAUAAAGGUUGAGAGAUAAGAUAUGUGAUACUGAACAAUACUUUUUUUUUGUUUGAGUUAGUGUUCUGACUAGUGUACUUUUUCAGCUAAUCAAGGUAAUUGAUUUUAUUUUGUAAAUUAUUUUUAUAAUAAUAAUUUUAUUAUAUUGUAUAUCAAGUAUUGCACAAUAGUUGUGUAGAGCAGCUCAUCUAUGAACUUAACUGAAGAUAAUGUGUUUUUUGCGUAUAUCUAAGAAGAUAAUGUGUUUUUUGUGUAUUUCAUAGCUCUAGACAUUUUACAGUUUUGUUUGAUUUGUAUAAAAUAUCUACAAAAGACAUGGCUAUAAGAUGUUCAUUGUUAAGAGUGUAUUUUGAAUAACUGUAGACUUUAAUAAUGAAAUGUGAUACCCUGCUUUAUGUAUAUGGUAACCACUUCAUCAUACAAACUAGAAAUAAGACUUUCUGUCUUUGUGCAAUACUUUCUUUUGAUAUUAGACUAUAUGGACUGAUCACCUUAAUGCUUUUCUCAUGCUCAUUUGCAUGAGACAACAUUAUGUAUAAAAUAAGAAAUUUGACAUAUUUACUAAAUGCAAAAUUGCAAUUCCAGGCAUAUUUAACCCCUCAACUUAUUGUUCUUAGCUUUUCAUACUGCCAUUGGGAAUUUUUUUCCUGCCUUAUGUUAUGCAAGGAUCUGAUUGUGAAUAAGGUGGGAAUUAUUUUUUCCUGCCUAUGUUAUGAUGGAUCUGAUUAUGAAUAAGAUUACUUUGUCUUAUUUAACAAUAAAAUGUAUGCAAUCCCCAGAA